CCACUUAACAUUUACCUGACCGCUGCUUCUCUCUUUUUCAGAUCUGUGAGCAUCCACCUCCCUCCAGACGUUCAUUAGCUUUCAUCAUGAAGAUUCUGCUGGUCCUCUCUGUUCUCCUCUGUGCUGCUCUGUCCAUCAGGGCUGCAACAGUUGUUGUAGCUGAGGCUGCUGCAGUACCACAGGAAAACAAACCUGCACCAGAAUCAGAGAUGGAUGCUGCUAUUGAUGUUGCUGAUGGCAGAGGACCUGCUCGACAUCAAGCCCGUUUUGAUUUCUGCCUUGAUGGUUGGCAUAGUUUCCGUGGUAACUGCUACUUCUUAACCAACCAGGCUUAUUCCUGGAGCAGUGCAGAGAUCCUCUGCUUGGCUGCUGCUCGUGCGUUGGCUUCAGUCCACAACGUCUUGGAGUAUAAUUUCCUCCAGCGUCUGGUCAAGACUGGGGGCCACACUUUUGCCUGGAUUGGAGGUUACUAUUUCCAGGGUUUCUGGAGAUGGGAAGAUGGCUCAGCAUUUGACUAUACCAACCAGGGAUCAAUGAGCUCCACUUCCAAUUGCCAGUGCCUGCGGGUCAACUCUCAAACGUCCAAUGGCUGGUCCAAUAACGUCUGCACCCUUAGCUACCCAUUCGUCUGUCAGAUAAAGACAAACUGCUAGUCGUCACAGUGUGUGCAGUGCUCCUCCUGACUUCUACAGAUGAUACUUAAGCUGCUGUUUGUUCAUUAUAAGACUAUGUCACUGUCAUGAUUUAUACAUGCGGGACUAAAAUUUUGCAUACACACUAUUUGCAACACAAAUCUCAGCACAAAUUAAUCCAUUGUUGAUUGUAUUCUUUGCAUUACAUGUGAUUUACAUGCAUUACUUUAUCCAAAGCGACUUACUAUUGAUAUAUAUGUCAGAGGCUGCACGCCUCUGGAGCAGCUAUGGGUCAAGUGUCUUGCUCAGGGACACAUUGGUUGAUGUAUCGCAGUGGGAAUUGAACCCACACCAAAGGCAUGUGUCAUAUCCACUGCACCAUCACCACCUCAUAAUAUAUAUUGCUGUAUCCGCCUAAAGAGUGUAAUAACCUGUCUAAUAAAAAAUAAAUAUGUGAACUGUC